UUAUUGGUUUUAUUACUAGUCACGUGCAUGCAUUAUUAUCAUGCAGGAGGUAAAGCCAACACGUAGCACCACGCGUCAUCUCCACAAUUCCUUCGCCGCCGCCGCCGCCCACCGCCGCAGCUCAUAAAUGAAAAAUAUCCCAAUCCGAUGGCGUUUCAUUUUCCGUCACAGGAAACAAAAAAAAAAAAAAAAAGAAAAAAAGAAAAGAAGAAGAGAGAUGCAGAACGAAGUAGAGAAGGAAAAGGACGAAAGUACCCCUCUAAUGGCACUGAACCACGUCUCUAGGGUUUGCAGAUCCGUGAAGGAAUCCGUCGAGUUCUACACAAAGAUACUGGGAUUCGUGGUUAUCGAACGGCCGGAGUCACUCGACUUCGACGGCGCGUGGCUUUUCAACUACGGCGUCGGAAUUCACCUGGUGCAGAGCAAAGACGAGGAGAAGCUGCCCAGAGAUAAGGACCGUUUGGACCCCAUGGAUAACCAUAUCUCCUUCCAGUGUGAGGAUAUGGAAGCGAUGGAGCAGAAGCUAAAGGAAAUGAACAUAAAGUGUAUGAAGCGGACGGUGGGGGAAGACGGCGGAGGAGGAGGCGGCGGCACCGCCAUAGACCAGCUGUUCUUCAAAGACCCAGAUGGGUUCAUGAUUGAGAUAUGCAACUGUGAGAAUUUGAAGCUGGUGCCUCAAAAUUCCAUCGGCCGGAUAAAACUUCCGUCCGAUAAGCAUAAUCCACCCGUUGAAACAGGGACGAACGGGAAUCGGUGAAACGACGCCGUCCGAGUUUUUAUUUUAGUUUUAUUUUGAGGUUUUAGA